AUGACACGGGAGGCGAUAACGCUUAUAUUCAGGGGGGAUUUCAGGAGCGAAGACGAAGAAGAUUCAGAGGAGCGCGAAGGUCACGAUAACAGUGAGCUCACGCUUCCCCGCGCAUUGCGGAUGUUCUUUGAGCCGGAAGAUGACACGCUCGAGGAAGCAAAAGCUGCUGGGCACAUUGAUGUGCUUCAGUUCCAUCCCACCCCUGAACCCUCACAGGUGGACCCUGGUGAACUUCAUGGCCCCUCUAGUUUAUUUGAUUUUAGCUGGAGGAGUUACCCCAGAGAUCCCCUUUCACCUGCUGAGCGUCGGGAACUAUUUUUGGGUCACAGUGGCCCCACGAUUGAACGUACAACAAAUCCUUAUGAUAUAUUCACAAAGAUUUGGGAUACAUCAAUCAUGGGGCACAUUGUUACCCAAACCAAUUUGUACGCCCAGGAGAACGCGGCCAAUUUAUUAAAUUUAGGGCUAAUAGGACCGCGCAGCCGUAUCUCUGAAUGGGUUGAGACAAACAUAGAUGAGAUGUAUAUCUAUUUUGCAAUGAUAUUAGCAAUGGGGGUUCUUUUUAAAUCCAAAAUGGAGGAAUAUUGGUGUAAGGAGGGCAAUAUUUUCACAACACCAUAUUUCUCGUGCUAUAUGUCGCUUAAUAGAUUUCAAUUACUAAAUAGGUGUAUUAAUUUCAACGAUAAUACACUUUUAUCGCCGGAUCUAUCGCCAAAAGAGAGAAAAUUAUUCAAAAUAGCACCACUUGUAGCUCACUUGAAUUUCAAAUUUUCAGCUUUAUUUAACCUCCACUAA